AAGAUAGGCAGUCGGUACUCGGCUCUGUCGUCGAAAAUGGCUUUACUAACGAGAAACAUCUACAAAACGCUCUCCCAGGCUGCUCAGAAGAGCACAGUUAGAGCCCUGCAUGUAGGCUCAAUACUGCAACAAGAACCAACAGUCGAACAAGAAGGAAAACUGAAAUGUACCUUGAUACCAGGAGAUGGUGUUGGACCAGAACUUGUGGUCGCGGUUCAGAGUGUGUUCAAAGCUGCAGAUGUCCCGGUUGAGUUUGAACCUUAUUUCCUGUCUGAAGUAAAUCCAACUCUAAGCGCUCCUCUGGAUCAAGUCUCCAACAGUAUUGCUAGGAAUCGAGUCUGUUUAAAGGGUAUCCUAGCAACUCCAGAUCACUCCAUGACUGGAGAGUUGCAGACUCUGAACAUGAAAUUACGUAAGAGCUUGGAUUUAUAUUCAAACGUUGUACACGUAAAAUCUCUGCCGGGCAUUAAAUCACGGCAUCAGAAUGUAGACUGUGUUAUUAUCAGAGAACAAACAGAAGGAGAAUAUUCUGCAUUAGAGCACGAAUCUGUCAAAGGAGUGGUUGAGUGUCUGAAAAUUGUAACUGCUACUAAGAGCCAAAGAAUCGCAAAGUUUGCGUUUGAUUAUGCUGUAAAAAAUAAUCGCAAGAAAGUUACAUGUGUUCAUAAAGCUAACAUAAUGAAGCUCGGUGACGGGCUCUUCCUCAGAUCGUGCCAAGAAAUUGCCAAAUUGUACCCCAGGAUUACAUUCGAGACGAUGAUUGUCGACAACUGCACCAUGCAAAUGGUUUCCAAUCCGCACCAAUUCGACGUCAUGGUAAUGCCGAACUUGUAUGGAAAUAUUGUGGACAAUCUCGCGUCCGGUUUGGUCGGUGGUGCAGGAGUCGUCGCUGGUGCUAGUUACAGCGCCGAAUGUGUCGUUUUUGAACCGGGUGCAAGGCACACAUAUUCCGAAGCGGUCGGCAAAAAUGUCGCAAAUCCAACGGCAUUGUUUUUGUGUGCGGUAAAGCUGCUAAAUCACGUGAAUCUUAAACGUUACGGUGAGCAGAUUCGAGAGGCUUUGAAUCGCGUGUUGAAUGAUGGAAAGGUGCUUACAAAAGAUCUCGGUGGGCAAAGCUCAACGACGGAUUUCACCGCCGCUGUAAUAAACAGCCUACGUUAACGAGAAAGCUCGACAUAGAAGGACGUAGAAGAUUCUGGGUCGUAAAUUUAUUAUAUCGAAAUUACCUGGAAAAUCUGAAAUAAUCAUAUGAAUUGUAGUGCCACACCCGUUAUAGGGUAUAUCUAAUUUACAUAUGUUAUGAAAUUUGUAAAAUUAUAUAAUUCUAGAAGUCUAUAAUGUAAAUUCUAGAAGUCUAUAAUGUAAAUUCCUAUUUGUAAACAGUAAUAUGCAAACAAAAAGAAAUUUCUCUGCACGUUGUGUGAUCGUGGAAAUCCGGUUGCAUAAUUAGUUCUUUAAUAGCAUGACAUGUACAACUUGUAUAAUAUCUAUAUAUAAUAAAUUGCGUUAACGCGUAGAGAUUA